AUGGUGGUUCACAACGGAGUCAGCUCCCCCUGCAUAUUUGACCUAAAGCUACACACAGCCGGAGUGAUAGCAGCAACAUUCGGAAUGGCGAAUCUGUUGGCCCGUCCGUUCGGAGGAUUCGCUUCUGAUUAUAUGGCUCGACAUUUCGGAAUGAGGGGUAGACUUUGGACACUUUGGACUCUUCAAACAAUGGGUGGUGUUUUCUGCAUUCUUCUUGGAAGAGCUACUUCUCUUCCAGUUGCCAUAGCACACAUGAUCAUCUUCUCCAUCGGAGCUCAGGCUGCUUGUGGUGCUACUUUCGGUGUCGUCCCUUUUAUUUCCCGGCGGUCUUUGGGAAUUAUAUCAGGUUUGACCGGCGCAGGAGGAAACUUUGGUUCCGGGUUGACCCAGUUGUUGUUCUUCACAAAUGCUAAACACAGCACCGGAACAGGGCUGAGCUAUAUGGGGAUAAUGAUAGUGGCGUGCACACUUCCGGUGGCUUUUGUACACUUCCCGCAGUGGGGGAGCAUGUUCCUUCCGCCGUCAAAGGGGGUUGUUGAAGAACAGUACUAUAUCAAAGAGUACAGUGAAGACGAGAGGGAGAAGAAUAUGCACCUCGGCAAUAUUAAAUUCGCCGAGAACUGCCGAUCUGAACGCGGCAAUCGAGUGGCUUCCGUCGCCACGCCGCCGCAUGCUUGA